UUCCCCGGUCUGGCGCUGCGAAGUGAGGAAGUUCCAUUGGCCCCACCUUGAAGUGCUCUGAUCUGGUCCGUGCACUACAGCUUCCCCCGGCCACUGCUUUUUUUCGUGCUCUCGCAGCAGAGACCGUGUCGGGCGCGGUUAUUGGCUAGCCUGGAAGAAGCUCAGACCCGCCUGCCAGGCUAGCUCAGAAGGGACCGGGUCGCCAGUCAACUUUCGCGAGCUGCCAACUUCUGCCAUCAUCGCGCCUCGAUCUUUUUCUGAGGGUGGACGCGGUUCUGUCCAGCGAACAUCUGCCGCACAACCGCUGGACUUCCUUGAGUUCCCCUUUUAUUUUCACUGUUAAUUCUCAUCUACAGGAAGAAAUCAGCUUCGAGUCGAUUCUCCACGCGUAGGGCAUCACUGCCUCGCGCUUUUUUCACCGACAACAACCACCUCGCAUCUCGCCAGGAAGCAACACCUGCCGGAGACAUUGCCCAACAUGUCGUUUGGCUUUGGCAGCGGUGGCUUCGGCCAACAAAACCCUAGCACCUCCUCCACAUUUGGUGGAUUUGGUAGCAACACUAGCGCAACUACAGGUUUUGGCUCAUCCGGAACACCGGCCUUUGGAUCGGGAACCGGCACAGGGACCACCGGUACCGGUAUCUUCGGCGGCGGCGGCGGCGGCGGUUUUGGCUCAAACCCCACUGGCGGCGCGUUUGGCGGCUCAGGCGGGUUUGGGAGCAAACCAGCCUUUGGCACACCGACCACUACCAGCGGUGGGACGAGCUUGUUUGGCGGCGGAUCAACAACCGCAACAUCAGGUGGUGGCGCUUUUGGUAGCGGCGGUUUCGGCACUACAAGUACCACCACUACACCCUUCGGCGGCGGCACGUCUCUCUUCGGCGGUGCCAAACCUGCCACGACUGGCUUUGGCACAGGAACGUCAGCAUUCGGCAGCGGUACCGGCGGCGGCCUCUUCGGGAGCGGCGCGACCACAGGCACCACAGGUUUCGGUGCCACGACCAACCCGGGAAUUGGAACCAGCAUUGGCGACCCCCCCGGUACGGCUGUCGUUGCCUACUCUCCGACCGUAGAGAAGGAACCGAAUAACCCUUCUCAAAGCAACUCAUUCCAGAAUAUCCUGUUCAUGGACGCUUACAAGAAGUGGUCGGCCGACGAACUGAGACUGGCAGACUACAACCAGGGCCGGAAGACGGGCAGCCCGGGCGGCACUGGCGCAUUCGGAAGCUCUGGUUUUGGAACUGGUGGCUUUGGUACCGGCACGACUGGCACCGGGUUCGGCACCACGACUGGCACAGGCAUGUUCGGAAGCACCCAGCCGACGACGGGUGGCUUUGGCACCACCGGCACCGGCACCACCGGUGGAUUUGGCUCUGGCGGAGGCCUUUUCGGCGGGAGCAAGCCUGCGACUGGCGGGCUGUUUGGCGGCACGACAACCACCCAGCCUACCCAAACUGGUGGGCUUUUCGGCGGAGGUACCGGCACUGGCACUGGCACCGGCGGCUUUGGUUCUACGGGCACGGGUACCGCAGGCUUUGGGUCGACUACCGGCACCAGCGGAGGUGGUUUGUUCGGAGGCUCCAGCACAACAGCGGCUAAGCCUACGGGUUUUAGCUUUGGCAGUACCGGUACUGGCACCGGCGGCUUUGGCUCUACCGGCACGGGAACCACAAGCGGCUUUGGCGCGACUACUGGUACAACGGGUACGGGCGGCGGCCUCUUUGGGGGUGCUACCCAGACCGGCACAACUGGCGGCGGUCUGUUCGGGGGCCAGCAACAACAGCAGCAGUCCGCUGGCACGGGAUUUGGUGGCACGGGCUUUGGGGCGCAGACCCAGAGCACCGGAGGCGGCUUAUUUGGAGGGCAGCAGCAGAAGCCCGGCGGUCUUUUCGGCGGUUCUACGACUGGCACAGGGACUACUGGGGGCCUGUUUGGCGGCACAGGCACAGGGACGACCUCCGGCUUUGGAUCGACUACCACAAACCAGCCAGCAACGGGCGGUUUGUUCGGCUCCAAGCCCGCAAGCACUGGUACAGGAUUGUUUGGCGGGACUGGCACGACUGGUACGACUGGUCAAACCGGUUCCACUGGAGGUGGCCUCUUCGGCAAUCUCGGAGGUAAUACGCAGACCCAGCAGCCUGCGCAAGGCGGUCUGUUUGGGGGAUUAGGCCAGAACACGCAGCCAAAGCCUUCCCUGUUCGGCGGUUCGACGACCACGGGAGGCGGCUUGUUCGGCGGUCAAUCUACCCAGCAGCAAGGUGGAGGUCUUUUCGGCGGCAGCACCAACCAGCAACAGGGUCAAACCAGCACCCUUGGCGGCUCUCUCUUUGGUGCCUCCCAGGGUCAGCAGGCGCCUCAGCAGCCUUUCACCGCGAGCAUCCACGACAUCUCGGCGUAUGGUGCUUCCACUCUCUUCUCCGGCUUGCCAGACGACAAGAUUCAGAACCCCGGCCCGCUUGCCACUCCCCUCAACGGCAAAUCCAAAGUUAAGAGCCGGUCGAUUUUGCCCAUGUACAAGCUCAGCCCUGCGAAUGCUUCUCGCUUGGCCACUCCUCAGAAGAGGGGCUUUGGAUUCUCAUACAGCGCCUAUGGCUCGCCUGCGAGCCCGUCGAGCGUAUCCAGCACUCCCGGCGGCUUUGGUCAGAGUCUCCUGGCCGGCAGCAUCAACCGGGGCCUUAGCAAGAGUAUUUCUGCGAGCAACUUGCGGCGCAGCUUCAACGUGGAGGACAGCAUUCUCCAGCCUGGCGCUUUCUCGGCCAAUUCUAGCAUGCGUCUCCUCGGCAGCGCUGGCAACCACAAGAAGCUGAUCAUCAACAAGGAUGUGCGCAGCGACUUGUUCACGUCGCCUAGCAAGGAGAAGCAGGUGCCUGAAGAUGCCAACGGCUCGCGCAAGCUGGCAAAGCGCGUCAGCUUUGACACUAGCACCGUCGAGACGGCCCCCGAUAACCGGCAGGACGCUGUGGAGGGGCAAGCCAACACCGACGACUUGGGCUAUCUCAAGCCGAGCCCUCGUUCGAGCACCAACGGUGUGAAUGGCCCCAAGCCCUCUCCUGUCACUGCUGCCCCGGAGAUGGAGCAGGUCAAGGGGAACGAGCUCGCCAUUGUCCACGAAGAGGAGUCACCUGCUGCCACGCGCACUGAGAAGAAGCCCGCGUCUACGAUUGAGCCCGGUGACUACUGGAUGUCCCCGACCGCUGAGGAGAUACGCGCCAUGAACCGGAUGCAGCGCCAGAAGGUCUCAGAUUUCACUGUCGGCCGCGAGAACGUCGGCAGUGUCACCUUCAAGGUGCCUGUCGAUCUUAGCAACAUCAAUCUCGAUGAGAUAUGCGGUGGCAUGGUCGUGCUCGUCCCACGCUCAGCCACCGUUUAUCCCAUCGCAGCAAAAAAGCCUCCUGUUGGGAAAGGGCUGAACGUUCCUGCGGUUAUUUCGCUUGAACACUCGUAUCCUCGCGGCGGUCUCGCUACCACUGGCCGGCGCCUCGAGCGCCACAUUGAGAGGCUCAAGACUGCCAUUCCCGACACUACCUUUGAGAGUUACGAUAAGGAGACUGGAGUGUGGACCUUCUCGGUGGAGCACUUCACGACCUACGGUUUAGGUGACGAUGACGAAGGCGAAGACGAAACCGAAGUCGAGUCUGUCCCGGCGCGUCGCCCGGUCUCGAGCCCAUCAAUUGUUAAGGACUCUACCUCCCCUGUCGAUCCUGAUGACACCUUCGAGUUCAAGCGCAGCCGGCGUGCCGUUCCCGGCGCUUUCGAUGAUGCCGCAAUGUCGGCCGCGCUGUCGGACAAUGAGGAGGUUGCUGAUGUCGCUCAACGCCAGGGUACGCUGUCUCCUGAACCCCAGGAGGCUGAUGCCCCCUUGCCGUCCCGGGAAUGGCCCGAAGAUGAAAGCAUGGCUGACGGACCCGAUGAAUACCAGCUCGAAGCCUUUGAACAGUCGUCUCAGCAGGGAUCCGUCGACGAACAGGACGAUCCCUUCCUCUCCCGUUAUGCCGACAACGAGACGCAGGUCCCUGCUGGAAUCAUGAGGGCUCGCAUGCGGGCCUUCAAGAAGUCGACGGCUCCUACGAGAAUCGAGGUGACCGGCGGUGACGAUUGGACGCAGAUUUUGCAGGCGAGCGUGCGUGCGCCGAGGACGGUGGAUCGGGCAACAUUGCGUGCCCUGAAUGAGUCGGGAGCGGUCUGGGAUAUGAAGGACCGGGGUAGUCCUGCCCCUCAGAAGAAUGCGCCUGUGCCUGAUGGGGCGGGCUUUGCAACCAGUAUCGAUUUGAUGAAGUCGCUUUUUGAGCAGGCAAAAGGGCCGGCCCAACCAGUGCAGUCGUCGCCAGCCAAGGGUUUUGUGAAGUGGCCUUACCAGCAACGCCCCAAGGUUGAGAAAAAGGAGGGCCCGUCAGUGCCGCGGACCAAUUGGGGCCCUAACGAGCUUCUUGUCACAACCCACCAUGGCGAGCCCAGCCUGCAAGCAGUCGACGGGAGUCUCGCUCCUUCUGAGGAGUCGGCUGCAUCGCGCCAGACUGUCGCCCGGCUCCAGCAAUACAUUGACAACAUCUCUGGCAAGGAGGAGCUGCUUUCGGGUCCUGACUUCCGCGAACUGGCUCAGGGAGACUCCUCAUGGGAACUAGCCUCUCUCCUCUUUGACGACAACGGGCACAGCUUGCAUACUUUCUGGAAGCAGUUGGUGUCUGAGGCCACGGAUCGCGCACUUGCCCAGGAGCCCGGCCUCGAGGAGAAGGCCAUCAUCUGCUUGGCAGGCAACCGGGUUGCCGAUGCCUGUGGCCACCUGCUCGCUGCGGGCAACUUCCGGCUUGCCACUCUCGUUUCCAGCAUCGGCAUGCAGACCAAGGAUAUCAAGGCGCAACUCAAAGACUGGCGCGAGUCGAAUGUCCUGGCCGAGUUCUCGGAGCCCAUCCGGGCCAUUUACGAGCUUCUGGCCGGCAACGCCUGCGUUUGUGCGGGUGUCAAGGGUGUUCCCAUUGAGAACCGCGUCGAGUCCUUUACCAUUUCUCAGCGUUUCGGAUUGGACUGGAUGCAGUCGUUUGGCCUUCGUCUCUUUUACAGCUCCGGCACCACCCCCAACGUGGCCGAAGCCGUCCGCUCCUUCCAGUCCGACAUUGAGCAAGACAAGGAGCCGGAGCCGGAGAGCGCGCUGUGGUCGCUGCUCAAGGCGUUCGCCAGCCAAGAGUUUGACUGGUCCGACACCCGCCUCGGCUGGCUCAUGACCAAGGCCAUCUUCGCUACCGGCAAGGUCUCGUUCGGCGAGGACGCCGCCGCCAAGCUCGACAAAGCCUCGCUGUCCUUCGCCUCAGCACUGACGGCGCAGUCCCACUGGGUCCCGGCCACGUUUGUCCUGCUCCAGCUCUCUGACGCCGCCUCCCGCGAAGCGGCCGUGCGCGACCACCUAGGCCGCCACGCGUACCGCAUCGGCGCGGCGCGCAAGCCGACCAGCGCCUUCUCGGCGCUGCGCAAGUUUGGCGUGCCGGAGCCCUGGAUCUGGGAGGCCAAGGCGCUGGAUUUCCGGUCGCGCGGCGACGCGCAGCGCGAGUUCGUGGCGCUGGUCUGGGCGCGGAAUUAUGCCGAGGCCAACAGGGCGUUUGUCCAGCGCGUCGGGCCGGACUUGGUCAUACGCCGCGACAUGAGGAGGUUGUUUGCCUUUGCGCAGCUGCUGUUCAAGGUUAGGGACAAGGUGCAGGGCUGGGAUAGGGCCGCGGCCGUGUACCUGCUGUAUCCGAUGGCAAGGCUGCAGGGCGGUGUUGCUAGUAGUAAGAAGGGGCAGCAGCAGGGGUUGGAUCGGUUCGAUAACAUGCUGUUGGACGGGCUGGUGGCGCUCAGGGCCGAGACGCGCGGGGAUGUCAGGCAGGAGGCGGCUAUUGCGGAUAUGGCGGAGGAGUUGAUUCGAUGUAAGGGUGGGGAGCCCAGGCUGUACCAGCUGCUGCCGCAGGAUGUGAGGGGGCGGUAUAUGCGGGCGCAGGCGCUGGAGAAUCUUCGUUGAUCGGGUAAGGUCAGGUUGUGUUGUGAGGUGCGGAGGAGAGGAUCAUGCAGCCAGGAGAAGGAGGUGUGGAGGGAAGCGGGGGGACGCUUCUGAUUGGCGUCAGGAAGGGUAGCUGGGCAGUAUCGUUAUGAUGGACUUGCGCUGCUAUGAAGGACGAUGAUGGGUCUGUGGGGAUUGCUUUGGUCGC